GUUUCGGUGUCUGCGGGCAAAACUUAUUUUAUUUUUCCUUUGUGUUAAAAAAAGAAGGUGAAAAAUGAUUCCUGCAUCUAAUUCUUUUUUGAAAUACGACGAUCCGAUGUUGAUCAAGAAUUCAGAGACUGAAUCUCCAAAGCAGCCAUCAGACUUCAAACCAGCUACUCGACCUUCUAAGUCAAAACCUGCAACGAGUGAAGACAAUACGGAAACCAAGCAGAUCCUGGAAGCCAUUUUUCCACCCAGGGAAUGGAUGGACGGAAACCAGCGUUGGGUGCAGAAGGUAUCUACUGCUCCGUCUACAAGAGCAGAUGUUAUCCAACUGAAGGAACAGCUGAAUACAAAGCUGAAUACAAAGCUGCAGCAGAGCUGCAGCAGAGACAGUUGCCCGAGCUGUUUGAACUAA